AUGGGUUACGGUAUUGGUUCAGUUCCAGCACUCAAUAACUUGGCCUGUCAAACGAGUGCAAUGAACACGGUAAUUGACCAAAUUGCCGACGUAAAGCGGCAAUCAAUUGCAUAUUUCGCGAAACUUUCUGAAAUUCUUGCAUUUUCGCUUGCGGACAAACCGAUUGCUGAAAGACCGAUUUCAUGGACGACACCGUACAUGGAUUCGCAAGGUGCAGGACCUACACUGUCGCUCUCGAUGCCAAUUUUAAAUACCAUGGAAAACGGCAGUGGUCUGUUGGGAGUCGCAGCAGUUGACAUACUUUUCAAGCAGAUCGCUAGGAUACUUCCCGAAACUGAGCAAAUGUAUGCAUUUAUCGUCGAUAACAACGGAAUUGCCAUCUACCACCCAUACCUUAAAGUACCGGUAUGUCAGUUCUUUUUAGCAGUAUUUUAUUUUGAUUGUGUUUCAUCGUCGCUUUUCCUUCGCCAUCGGUACAACCAACGAACAUUUCGAUUCUGCUAUGCUCUGAAUCCACGAUAUAUUUUUGUAUAG